AUGAAGACCUUGAUCCUGACCAUCAGCCUCGUCCUCAUUGCCAGCCUGCAGGCCGAGGACCUCCCGGUCGAACAGGAGGAGACCCAGACUGUAUCAGAGACCUGGUACCUGAAGGCUGUGGCCACUGACAAGCCGUUUCCUGCCAAAACAUCUGUGUCUGUGACCCCCAUGACCAUCAAGAUCCUGGAGGGGGGCAACGUGGAGCUCAAGCUCACUAUGCUGGCUAGAGGCCGGUGUCACAACUUAAACAUCACCCUGGAGAAAACUGACGAGCCGGGCAAAUACACGGCCUUUCGGGGCAAUCGUGUGGUGCUCGUGACUCCCUCAUCCAUGCAGGACCACUACAUCUUCUACAGUGAGGACAAGUGGCCCAGACACCGUCGCCGAAUGGUCCAGCUUAUAGGCAAAGACCCCGAAGCCCACCAGGAAGCCUUGGCAGAUUUUAAGACAGUGGUAGAAUCCAGAGGCCUUCACUUGGACAGCAUCUUCAUCCCCAAGCAGAGCGCAUCCCUCAUGCCCACCUUGUGA